AAUGGCAGUGACAGCAGACAGCCUGGCAAUGCCAAGGUUCAGCCUGAUCCACCGCUUGCCCCCAGUCCAGGAUGUUUUUGUGUAACAUGCUCUGACUCAUGAAAGUCAAAUGACUUGGCCGACAACGCCGCGGCGCUCCCCGCCAAAGAGCCGCAGCAGAGUCCUUCUGGCCGCCCGACCCUCCGGCGCUGGCACGCGUCGCACGCGCCUUUUCCACUUUUUGGGUACGUAAACUGACCCGGGCCGAGCGUCCGGCUCCCCGGUGUGAAACCGAAGCCGAGAGAGAGAGUCGCUGCGGCUGGGACGUUCUGCGACGCCUCACGGGCGCGAAUCGGAGCGAUGGCGGGUGUCUGUGGCUCCUCGCUCUGGGGGGACACCGGCGUCUCCCCCCGUCUCCACGGGACGUGUCUCCUUCCUCCAGCCCGCGCCCCGCUUGGGCACCGCGGUGGAUUACGACACUAUUGCAGCUGCUCCUCCUGUGCUGCUCAUUCCCCUGUUGGACAAAAUCACAAGACAACAAUUUGUUUUGCCUCAGAAACCGAGAGAAAGGCUUUCGAUGAGACUUGGGUGGAAAGUACAUAGAGAUCCUUUGGCUGUCAUGAAAACAAACUUAUGAAGUCCUGCUGCCAGUACUCCUGUUUUUAUUGAGUCCUGGGAAUGCUGACAAUGUAUAAAGUGGCCGUCAAAGCUGUUAAUGAAGCGACAUGUCCCUCCACGGGCUGUGUGGGGCUGCCCUCCUGGGGACAGGGGACAGUGCCCUGAGCCCUGCAGGCUUGGGCUGUGCCUUCAUGUCUCGCUUUGUCUCCACAGGUGUUUUCAUAAAUAAGCAUUUCUGCAUUGCAGAAAUGUAGUUUUUGAAUGAUACAAAGCAGGAUCAAAGCCCAGUCUAACCCAGUACCCUGGAGGGGGGGCUCAGGGGCUCACUCUGAGGCCUGGGCCUUCCCCUCCCCCCCAAGCAGGGGGACACCGGCACCCCGUUUGUGGCUGUUAAAGCCCUCGAGGACUUAUUUGCUUUGGCGCAGGAAGGCGGAAAAACAACAACGUGUGCGCGGCACCAGCUGCUGCCAGGAUGCGGCUCCUCCCCUCCGGCCUCCGCCCGGCGCGGCCAGGCCGCGUCUCCAUGGCAACCCCCCCGGCUGCUCCCCGGUCACAUGACCGGAAGCGGCCUCUCGGAGGAGGCGGAAGCGAUGGAGCCGGCGAAGAUGGCGUCUCCCAAGAGCGCUCCGAAGGACGCGCAGGUCAUGGCGCAGAUCCUGAAGGACAUGGGCAUCACGGAGUACGAGCCACGCGUCAUCAACCAGAUGCUGGAGUUCACCUACAGGUACGUGACCACGAUACUGGAAGACGCAAAAAUUUACUCGAGCCACGCAAAGAAAUCCAACGUGGACGCAGACGAUGUGAGGCUGGCGAUCCAGUGCCGGACGGACCAGUCGUUCACAUCCCCCCCGCCCAGAGACUUCCUGUUAGAUAUCGCGAGGCAGAAGAACCAGACGCCGCUGCCGUUGAUCAAACCGUAUUCCGGGCCCCGGCUGCCGCCCGACAGGUACUGCCUGACGGCCCCGAACUACCGGCUCAAGUCCCUGCAGAAGAAGGUCUCCUCCUCUGCGGGGAGAAUCACGGUCCCGCGGCUCAGUGUGGGUGCCGUGAGCAGCCGGCCCAGCACCCCCACCUUAGGCACGCCGGCCGCACAGACGGUGUCCGUGUCGGCGAAGGUGGGGACGCCGGUGUCCCUGGCGGGACAGAGGUUCACGGUGCAGAUCCCCUCCUCCCAGGCGGCCGUCAAGUCAGCCACACCAACUACUCCAACAGUUCAGAAUGUUCUAAUUAAUCCUUCAUUAAUUGGACCAAAGAACAUUCUUAUUACCACAAACAUGGUUUCAUCACAGAAUCCACCUAACGACUCGAACCCCCUGAAGAGGAAGCACGAAGACGACGACGACUACGACAAUUUGUGACGAGACUGUCCCGUCCCCUCCCGUCCUCGGCCACGGCUGUUGAGUCUGACGGGUUCUGCCGCGAUUCCUUUGUAAACGCUGGUAAUUGACAGCUGGGUGCCCGCGGCAGACGAGAAAGCAGCCGAUCUGUCCUGUCGUCCGUGGUGUCUGAUGCCCCUCGGUCCCCUCCUGCGCUGUUCUCCACGCGUGCCCGUCUCUCGGGAGCCAGUUCUGCCCCGCGCCAAGUAAAAGUGAUUUUUAGAAAA